AUGAGAAAUCACACUCCAGUAACCACAUUUAUCCUCGUGGGAUUGACAGAUGACCCACAACUGCAGAUUCUACUUUUCAUAUUUCUACUUAUCACCUACAUGUUGAGUGCUGUUGGAAACCUGACCAUCAUUAUCCUCACCCUUGUGGACUCUCACCUUAAAACUGCCAUGUACUAUUUCUUGCAAAACUUUUCCUUCCUGGAAAUCUCAUUUACAUCUGCCUGUGUCCCGAGAUUCUUGUACAAUAUAGCAACAGGAGAUAGAACCAUUACCUACAAUGCUUGUAUAUCUCAGUUAUUUUUUACAGACCUAUUUGCUAUAGUAGAAUUUUUUCUUCUGGCAACUAUGUCCUAUGAUCGUUAUGUAGCCAUCUGCAAACCCCUUCAUUACAUGACUAUCAUGAAUCCCCUGGUCUGCAAAAAACUAAUUUCUGGCUGUUGGAUAAUUACUCUGUUGCUCUUAAUACCACCACUGGGCUAUGGACUGACACUGGAAUUCUGUGACUCUGAAAUCGACUAUGUUGUCUGUGAUGCUAAUCCUCUCUUAAAAAUCUCCUGUUCUGAUACAGAAGUAAUAGAGAAGAUGGUUCUUUUCUGCUCCUCAUUUAUGCUACUAGUGACUCUCUUGUUUGUAGUUUGGUCCUAUGGAAGUAUCAUUCGCACGAUACUUAGGUUCCCCUCUGCUCAGCAAAAGAAAAAGGCAUUUUCUACCUGUUCUUCCCACUUGAUUGUGGUUUCCAUCACUUAUGGCAGCUGUAUCUUCAUCUACAUCAAGCCUUCUGCAAAAGAUGAAAUGGCGACUAAUAAAGUUGCGUCAGUAUUCCUUACUUCCAUCUCUCCCAUGUUAAACCCAUUUAUUUAUACUCUGAGAAACAAACAAGUGAAAAAUGCCUUUAAGGACUUUGUAAAACCACUACACUGCUCUCAGGCAAUUAAGAGCAUGGUAGUUAAACAUGCAGCAAACUCAAGCCUUCUAUAUUUAGUCCCUUUGUAA